AUGCAGCUGUUUGCCAUUGCGGCUGCUUCCUUGCUGGUUGGGGGAGUUAUUGCUAGUACCCCAAACAUCGCAAUCAAGGCAAGUCCCAUGGUUCGUGCCGAAAAGACCCGGUUGCUAAUUACCUUGUCCCUUCAGGGCUCCAAGUUCUUCUACUCCAAUAAUGGAACCGAAUUCUACAUUCGAGGCGUAGCCUAUCAGGAGAACUACAACGGCGGGGGUUCUAAUGGCACUGGCCAGACCAGCGACUUGGGUUACACGGACCCCCUCGCCAAUGCCACCAGCUGUGCGCGUGAUAUUCCCUACCUCACCCAGUUGCGCACAAACGUUAUCCGAACGUACACGGUUGACCCAACCCAGAACCAUGAUGACUGUAUGCAGCAGCUGGCCGAUGCUGGCAUCUAUGUCAUCACUGAUCUGGCCUCGCCUGAUGUGUCUAUCGAGGCCGACUCCCCGGUCUGGACAGUUGAUCAGUACGAGCGGUACACAAGUGUUAUCGAUGCUUUCCAAAAGUACGACAAUGUCAUCGGCUUUUUUGCCGGUAACGAGGUUGUCAGCACACCCAACCAGACGGAUGCCGCGGCCUUUGUGAAGGCUGCUGCUAGAGACAUGAAGUCGUAUAUUAAGAGCAAGGGCUACCGGGAUACACUGGCUAUUGGCUACGCCACCACUGAUCAAGAAGACAUCCGGACAUUGCUGUCAAGCUAUCUCAAUUGUGGAGAUCAAUCGAGUGCCAUUGACUUCUUCGGGUACAACAUCUACGAAUGGUGUGGUGACCAGACUUAUCAGGCAUCUGGAUAUGAAGACCGAACCAAUGAAUACAGCAACUACUCCAUCCCUGUCUUCUUCUCGGAGUACGGUUGCAACACUGUGAAGCCUCGCAAGUUCACCGAUGUGCCUGUGCUCUUCGGUCCUGAGAUGAACGAUGUCUGGAGCGGUGGUAUCGUCUAUAUGUACUUCGAGACUGACAAUGACUACGGGCUGGUGUCUGUGGACGGCAACUCCGUUUCUACCGAAGUCGACUUUGGCUAUUACUCCAAGGAAAUCCAGAGCGCAACUGCUACCGGCACCAACAGUGCUAGCUACUCCGCCACCAAUUCACCGCGCGCAUGCCCCACUGUCGACGGCAUCAACUGGCUGGCGGAAUCCAGCCCUUUGCCACCUACUCCUAACCAGCAACUCUGCUCCUGCGUGGUGGAUACCUUGUCAUGCGUUGUCAGCGACUCGGUGGAUGCAAAGGACUACGGCGACCUCUUUGCCGAGGUCUGUGGGUAUGGUGCGCACAUCUGUGAAGGCAUCGCACACAACGCAACCGCUGGAGACUAUGGCGCCUACAGCGUCUGCUCUAGCAAGGACCAGCUGUCGGUGGCAUUCAAUGCCUACUACCAGAGCCAGAAAAAGGUGAAAACAGCCUGCGAUUUCAAGGGCGCAGCCAAGAUUCAGUCAGCGCAGGAAGCUUCGGGAAGUUGCGUGUCCCUCGUUAGCCAGGCUGCUGGUACGGCUGGAACAGGCACAGGUACAUCUACUGGGGGCGCCGCCAGCACAUCUACGUCUAAGGGAGCUGCUGCUCAUGUGGUUAGCCCAACUGCCGUUUAUGUGAAUGGCUGGUUCGGGAUGGCAUCUUUUGUUGUGGCUGCAUUGACUGGCUCCCUCAUGGUGGUCCUCUAA